UCGUUCCCUGCUCGAAACUAUGCUGUAACAAGUUUUCCCAGAGUCUGCACUUCAGCUUCCAAGAUGGGCAUCAGGCAAAGACACUUGAAUUCCUCAGAGCAGUCAUGGAAUAUUUUCGUGCCAUUUCAAAUUCAGUUUGAAUUUUCAGGUUAUCUAUGUGGAGAGGUUAGGCAAAGUGUUAAACUGAUAUGCAUUCAUGGAGUAAGUUCAUCUGACACUGAAAGGCUGCCUUCAAAUGUGAUAGGUUAUUGGCAGAGAUCUAGUGAGGGAAAUUCAAAGUCUGUACAACAUUUUGAAAGCUCUUCAUUAAAUCAGUGGGUCACUCUGUCAAGUAAUGCAGAAGACCAAAUAGUAUGCACACUAAAGGUGAGAACCGAAUCAAAUACUACAAUAGAGCCCCCAGUUGUUUGUAUACUGUUUACGCCUCAAGAUGUCAUUUCAUCUUUUGUCCUGGCUGAAGUUCACCUGCACAGAGACACACUGAAAAGUUCAAGCUUCACAUCUAGUUUGACAGAUUUCAAAGGACCAAAGGAGAGUGGGAAAUCUGAAGAAACCGUUGCUGUCCUGUCGCAAUGCCUGAGCACUGUUUCUAAUGUCAGUCCUGUUUCUGUGAAGACAUUUCAUGAACUUCCAAAAUCUGCAGUUUCUUCCAAAUGUUUUCACCUAUUGCCAUGGUUGCUCUUGUCAUUCUUGAACUUUUGUGGUUGUUUGGUGGAGAAUUGUACCCAAAGACUCCAUCCACUUGUUUUGUACGUUCUGUCAAGACCCAGUACCUGCCAACAUCUCAUUGAGCGUUACAAACACUGCUGGACUGUUGGCAGUCAUAUACGAAGAAGCCGUUACCAGCACUUUCUGAUAUAUAAUGCCUACUGUCAGCAGUUGUUGGACACAGCAUUAGGCAUAGGCAUCUGUGUGUUUAUUGUGUACUUUGAGUUACCAGAAACGUUGGCCGGAAAUGUCAUAGGAUGGGCUGAUGAUGUAGCCCUUAAACUGGGUCAACUAGUGAAAGCUUUGAUGGGAGCCCCUGCUGGUCUCAAGCUCAAUGCCCACCUCACCAAGACUAUGGGGCUCUUUUUCCAGUACCACAUCUUUCUCUGGACUGGUUACCUGACUGUUCUAAGGUCUGUGAUGCCAACUCUGAUUUGGUACUCCUCAUGGGUUGGUGUGCUGGGAGCCUCCUGCCAACUGUGCCUCGUCUCAGACAUGCUGUCCACCCUUACACUGCAUAUCUACUGUUUCUAUGUGUAUGCUGCUAGGAUGUUUCACCUACAAAUGUAUGCUUUGGGCUCCUUUUGGCGGCUGUUCAGAGGCAAGAAAUGGAAUGCCUUACGCUCCCGUGUUGACUCUGCCACGUACAAUACAGACCAGCUGUUUGUAGGAACCCUUCUUUUCACUGUGCUGUUGUUCCUGUUGCCAACAACAGCCUUGUACUAUGCUGUUUUCACUGUGCUACGCAUACUGGUGUUGAUUGCCCAAGGGAUUCUCAUCCGCCUUGUGUCUAUAGCCUUGCACACCCCUGUGUUCACCCUGCUUGUCCGUUUGUUUUCUCCGAAGCAUGUUGCUGGCUCUGUUGUGUUCAACGUUCACCAUGUUCCCAAAGAUAAGGACUGUCUGGUUCUCACUAUGCAGACAAGUCAGCUACCUGGAAAGGAUCUUGUGUCCCUGUCAUUCCCCAAAACCAGGACAGAACAGGUUCCAAAGCAUACGUGGGCGGAGUUCUUGUCUAACUUAGCAACUGGCAAGCUGGUUUACCCGUGGGUAGAGAGAGCAUCAAGUGACUGAGCCCCUGAUGCUGGAUGAAGUGCAUGUAAAUGAGAAAAGAGAAUGAAAUUUUUGUGUUUGAAUUUGAAGGAGAAGUUGCGCAUUUGAAUAGCUGUGAGAGUGGAAGAUUUCUUAUUUAUGUGAAAAAAGACUGUUAAAAUAUUCAAUUCAAUGGAGAAAAUGGGUUUUUUUGAGUUAUACAAUUUUUUUUAAAUGUAGGUGUUUUUACACCCUCAUUGACAGUUUGGAUCAUUUAGGAGGCAGUCUUUGACCCUGCUAGUCUUGGCCAAUCCGGGCUGAGAGAGAAACAAUAUUUCAACAGAAAGAACAAAGUACCGGCACUCGAUUAUAAUUCUCGACGCUUGCAAAUUGAACUCGGGUCUCCUGCAUGUGGUGACGAAGCACCAAACCACUAUGCUACAGUUGCCGGUGUUUGCUCUGUUUAAAAAAAAUGUCUUUGACAAUCUGUCCUCAAUGUUACUGAUGUUGCAACCCUUGCUGGUAUAAAUGUUUUGCUUUGUUUCUAAAAAAAGUUUUUAGAGCUAUCUUUCCUCCUACUUUUUACAUGCAAGACAUGCCUGUCCUUAAAAAUAGGAAUAAACUGUGCUGUACUGGCUCCCGAGUAAUGAUAGAAA